AACCAGCACACUUCCACUGCCUACACCUGCCCUAGGCUCUGUAAAAGAGCCAGUGUUUGCCAUUUUAACCCAGAUCAGCACUGCUGACUUUCCACUCUUCAACACCCACAAUAGCACUGACCAAUACACCAUGGGAAAUGAAACCACAGACUACACCGACUGGCCACUAACAACAGAAUUUGACUACGGCGAUUCGGCACCAUGCAUGGGAACUGAGGAAAAGCACUUUGCAGCAAAAUUUUUGCCACCUCUUUAUUCUUUAGUGGUGAUAUUUGGUCUGACAGGCAAUCUGCUUGUUGUCCUUAUCCUGGUCAAAUACAAGAGACUGAAGAGUAUGACUGACAUCUACCUGCUCAACUUGGCAAUUUCUGAUCUGCUGUUCGUAUUUUCUCUCCCCUUUUGGGCUUAUUAUGCAGCUCACACCUGGAUUUUUGGGGAGGCGCUCUGUCGAAUUCUGUCAGGUGUCUACCUCCUUGGCUUCUACAGUGGCAUCUUCUUCAUAAUCCUGCUGACCCUGGACAGGUACCUGGCCAUAGUGCAUGCAGUGUUUGCUUUGAAAGCCAGGACAGUUACCUACGGCAUCCUCACCAGCGUCAUCACCUGGGCUGUUUCUGUUUUGGCUUCUGUCCCUGGGAUAGUAUUUCAGAAAACUCAGAAGGAAAGUUCAGGCUAUACAUGCAGUGCUCAUUAUCCAAGUGAUUCCAUAAUAAAUUGGAAGUACUCUAUUAUUCUAAAGAUGAACAUUCUGGGACUUAUUGUUCCAAUGCUAAUUAUGAUUUUCAGUUACUCACAAAUUCUAAAAACACUAUGGAGAUCCAAGAAUGAGAAAAAACAGAAGGCAGUCAGACUUAUUUUUGUAAUCAUGAUUUUUUACUUCAUCUUCUGGACACCAUUCCAUAUUUCUUCUUUUUUGCAUACAUUUCAAAAUCCACUUUUCAUCCCAAACUGUGAACUUAAAAGUCAGCUGGAGAAAGCAAUUCAAGUUACAGAAACAAUCUCAAUGAUCCACUGUUGCAUUAAUCCCGUGAUCUAUGUAUUUGUUGGAGAAAAAUUUAGGGCAUAUCUUUAUAUCUUUUUCCGAAAGCAAGUCGCACCUCACCUUUGCAAAAAAUGUCCAAGUCUGUAUCGUGAAAAGUUGGAAAGAGUCAGUUCCACAUUCACACAAUCCACUGCGGAGCAUGACAUCUCUACUGGACUGUAAAAAUACAUCAGAACAUUAGUUAGCAAAUUUUGCAUCACUGCUUUGCCUUAAGGAGUGGCACAUCCUUAAGGCAUCCUGGGUCACAUCAAAUAGGACUUAAAUAGGGUCCAGACAAAUAUGAUCAUGCUUUUUUACAAAAAUCUAUCCACUGAGGUUUAUUGAGAAGGGAAUACAAUAUUGAAAAUCUAAGGGGUAAUAAGAUCACAAGAUCUUAC